UCCCCGGCACACACUCACGGCUGCUUCCAUCUCUCCAUGCAGUUCACUUCAUUGUACUGACUGUGCUCAUCAAUUAGGCGAGAAUUAAGCCGUUUUAGAUGCAAUAAUUGUCUUCCGGAUCUUCGUAGUGGACUGCAAACCGGCGGACAGAGGCGCAGAUAAGUUUUGAGUGCGAGAAAGCGGACAGAAGCGAAACACAGCCAUGCCCUCAGUGAUGGAGCGCUCAGGGGCCGGUGUCCUGUCCAGGAGCAGAGCCAAGACUGUAACCAACGGCAACAGCCAACCACACUCUGAGGAGGAGAGCAGCGAUGAAGAGCAUGCCCAUGACAGCAUGAUCAGAGUGGGAGGAGACUACCAGGCUCAGAUCCCAGAGUUCAAACCAGACAGUCCAACCCGCUACAAUGAGAAGGACCAGAGGAGCAUGCUGGUCUGGUGUCCCAACAGUCAGCUUUCUGAUGCAAUGUUGGACGAGUACAUCCUGAUGGCUAAAGAGAAACACGGAUACAACAUGGAGCAGGCUCUGGGCAUGUUGUUAUGGCACAAGCACGACGUGGAGCGCUCGCUCGCCGACCUGGCCAACUUCACCCCCUUCCCAGACGAGUGGACAGUGGAGGAUAAAGUGCUGUUUGAGCAGGCCUUCAGCUUCCACGGCAAGAGCUUCCACCGCAUCCAGCAGAUGCUUCCAGACAAGCUGAUCUCCAGCCUGGUGAAGUACUACUACAGCUGGAAGAAGACCAGGACCAGGACCUCCGUCAUGGACCGACAGGCCAGGAGGCUGGUCAGCAAGAGAGAGAAAGAUGACAGUAACGAUGAGAUUGAGGAAGGAGACCCUGGAAGUGACAGUGACUUUGAGAUCGACACUAAAAAAGAGGCCGUGAAACAAAACCCCAACAGCGCCAACCCAGACAAGGCGACCCCCAGUCGCUCUGGGCCGGUGAAGAAAGAAAACAUCGGGGCGCAGUACCGCCACCACCCGCUCAGAGCUCGCCGCAGGCCACCCAAAGGCAUGCACCUGGAGCAGGCAGACAUCAUGUCGGUAUCAGCCUCCCAUGAUGCCGGGGUGUUGACUAUACGACAGCUGGACGCGCAGUUGGUGUCACUCAAGAGACAGGUUCAGUCCAUUAAACAGAACAACAGUAGUCUGAAACAAAGCUUAAGUGAAGGUCUCGACACUUACAAACCUGCUGAGCCUGCCCCUAAGAUGAACUCUCGUUGGACCACAGAGGAGCAGCUCCUGGCUGUGCAGGCUAUCCGUCGCUAUGGUAAAGACUUCACAGCCAUCGCUGAGGUGAUCGGGACCAAGACACCAGCUCAGGUGAGCUCCUUCUUCGUGAGCUACCGGCGAAGGUUCAACCUGGACGAGGUGCUGAGGGAGUGGGCUGCCGAGCAGGUGGCCACCAACAGAGACCAGAGGGACCCCAGGAGGAGCAGCGAGGAGAUGACAGCUGCUGCAGAUGGAGGAGCCGAGGAGGACGAGGUCAAAAUGGAGGACUCUCCCUCGGAUGUCGCCGGCGGCUCCUCACCUCCGUCCUCCACCCAGACUCCCUCCUCCCUUUCCCAGCCUCCUCCGCUGCUGCGCCCCGCGCCUCCCUCGGCUCCGCCCAGCCUGCUCCGUCAGCCUCCUCCUCUGCAGACGCGCCCGCUCCAGAACCGAGCGCCCCACAACCACCCUCCGCCUCCUCUCAUCCGGCCCGCCGUGACCACCUCGUCCUCCUCCAGCGGGAGCUCCAGCCUGAGGGCCUCACCUCCCAGCUCCUCCUCUGCUGCAGGGCAGAUGCCUCCGUCGCUGGUCGGCCUCAAAGUGGAGCAGCCCAACUCACACUGAUACACACACACACACACACACACACACACACACACACACACACAGGAAGAGAAACACACACAAACACACAGAAAUUAGCAUGCAAGCAAACACACAAACACUCCUCAGAGAAAAUUCAUUCACCCUGUAACUCCGUCAUUCCUAGCCUUUGUUCCCGGGACCAUCACAUGACCACAUGACCACAUGACCCACUGAACAUGCUCAGGUCCCUACGGUGACAUCACAGCUCCCUAAAAUACAGGAAGAGUGUGAGGACCGCCCCGCAGGUCCACUUAGUAAGGCAGUGGCCUGAAGCCCCUUUACUGUUAACAAACACCUACCUCCAGACCAUCUUCCUCUAACACACACACACACACACACACACACACACA